AUGUCGAACGAGGAAUCAACUGAGGAACCCGAGAUAAAAAUCGAGUUCACGAAUCCCACCUGUAUCAUUUGGGGCGUUUUGGCUCUUGCUCGACUCCACGAACAUCUCCCGUCUGGCGAAGAAGCUGCCCGGCUCUACAACAUUAAUGGUUUCCCCUGGGCGUACGAGGUCCAUAAUGCCCUCACCAAUAUCAUUUUCGCAUUCGCUGACCCGGACGAGACUUCUGUAUGGGGCACGCUGUACCCUGGCGAAGGCGAUGCCAUGCUUUACAACCUAAAGGAGAUGACUAAUGAGUACUAUCAGCGCUUGAACAAUGCUGAGGCCAUCGCUGGCGAGUUCGUCUACCUAUAUUCCAUCUUUUGGGCUUUCCACCACCGAAUAACACUGGAGCUUCCCCAAGGUAUCGAUGACGAAUAUGGUCCUGUCGGCAUGAUGAAUGCAGUUAACACCACGCUAUCAAAUAGUUUGGCUAACACCAUGGAAAACAUGCUUGAAGCAUUGAGGCCUCUAUGGAUUGAGGAUGCAUCCCCCGAAGCAUUUGCCAAUUUCGAGCGAGAGCAUAUCGACCGGAUUUGCGCUGCCAUUGAGCUAGUCAUCCAAGACCAAGCCGCCCUCGAACUCGACGGCGACUUUGAUGUCGGCGGCCACGUAGGUAGGAUGUUUGCCCGAAUGAUCCACGUGCCGUUACGCCGUCAUAUUGAAGGAUACUUCCACGACUCGAUCCAAUAUAUCGGUAUGCGGAUCGGUUAUGGUAGCCACACGAAUAAUGCAGGUAUCAAGGAUGAGAUCGACGCCCUUGUCCGUGACAUCGCUCGGUUCUUCUCCUAUGCAUCACCGCUGUUAAGCACAUACUGGCCCGAUGAUGUAUCUGUUGUGCGAGACAGCGACGAGGAAGAAGGCGACGAGGAGGAAGGAGAUGAGGAUGAGGGCGACGGGGACGAAGUAAUGUUCCAGCCCGACCCCGAGAAUGCACUACCUGAGCAUGUUGUCAACCACAACUUCGAGGAAUAUGAAGAAGAAGAUUGGUACUGGGAGCAGUACGAAGUCAACACUUUGGUGGACGUACUCGAUGGUCCGGCGAACGUACGUGUUGACCAGGUGAGCACUGUCGUUCCAGCUGCAGAUGUGUCCUCGUGUGGUAUUUGCGGUGAUACAAAGUCGACGAUGCGCAAUAUCAAUGUGUGUAGCCACGAGUUCUGCGAGGAUUGCUUGGAACAACAGCUGAGUACCUACCACAACAUGCGAUAUAGGUGUGCCGCUUGUCGAGCCGAAUUCUUUCCAAAGGACGUCGACUAG